AUGGCUGAUGAGUGGAAUAUAGACCAGGUAGUCGAAAAUAUUGAACUACUCUAUUUGACCAACGACUCAGAUAGAGUCCGUCAGAUACAGCUGUAUUUGCUUCCGCUUCAGAAGUCAGCUACGGGAUUUGAACUUGGCCAAUUGCUUCUACAGCAUGUUUCGAAAAGCUGCAAAUACUUUGGAGCUUUGACCCAUACCAUCUAUAUAAAUACGCAUUUAAUUGUGCAAGUCAGCAACGCCAUUAUAGAUGAUAUCAUUGCCUUGUCCAAUAACAUAGCAACACGACAAGAUUUCGAUAGCAACUUGUUUAUCAUAAGAAAGCUAGUCAGCAAUUUGUGUUUGUUGUAUUUGAACCAUAUCGAUGUUUAUGGAGUAGACCCCAUAACGACUCUUUUGGGUAGGAGCCGGGGAGUUGUAGAUAUUUCCAAUUUCAAUAUCCAGGAAACUUUCCCUACGUUUUCUGAAAUCGAGAUCGCCUUGUUCUUCAUCUGCAAUUCCAUUUUAAUAGAGGAUGUAUGUAAAAGAGAUCCUGCCAAUUUGCAGAAAAUCCAUGCUUCGAUCCAUGCCUCUGUCUUCCCUAACGUCAAUGCAUCUCUAUCCUACUUCAAUUGCAAGGCAUUGCCCAAUUCAAAGGCUUUAACAUUGCUAAUUCUAGAUUGUAUCAACUCCUGGGUCAUAUAUAUUUCUGUUGCAGAAAAUGGUUCAGAUCAGAGGUAUACAGAAAACGAUGACUGCCAGCAGCUUGUCACAGCAUUGUUGAGCCAACUAGGCAUUAGAUCUCAAAACGCACAAGAACUUGAAAGUGAAAUGGAAGUGUUGAACAAAACUUUCACUGUAUUAACUGAAAUCAUGGAGACAUAUCCUAGAAUAGUAGCCAAACACAAGCAGUCUUUAGCAAGUAACCUCUUUGCCAAAGAUGGAUUUGGUAGUCUUUUCAUGGAAAAGAUUAUUUCCUCCCAUGAAUUGUCAGAGGAAUACUCCAGUGAAAUAGAGAACUUCGUCAACCUUCUCAUUGCAUAUUUGAACCUGGCCAUCAUUUACAUUUCCCGUAACUUAUAUGAGCCAGAAGUCUACCAGAUCUUGGAUGUUAUCCUUGGUCUCACGAAUUUUAGAGGGAAUCCAAUCCUGGAAGAAAGAGUGAGCGAGCAGUUGCUAUCUUUCUGGGAAGAAUUUGUCAAUGUCUAUAUUGACGAUUCAGAUAAUCUAGAAACAAUGCUUCGAGAAAAGAAGGUAUUUGAUCAAUUUGUAGAAACUCGUAAUUCCUUAUUACUUUCUGUCAGUGCUAUCUAUUGGCAAAAGAUACGAUAUUUUGCCAAUUCUCCGCCCGAAUUUGUACAGUAUAGACUCCAGGUCUCAGAGCUAUUUAUAUUGUUGUAUUCCUUGCUAAACACUUCGAUUUAUUCGACUUUGUGCAAAAAUGUUCAAGACAAGCUCAUUGAAUGUCAGAACUCGUUUUCACGCAACUUACUACUAGACUUGGAAGCUUCGCUAUAUUUGAUAUACAAAGUCACUGAUGACCUAACCUUUUAUGAUGAUGAUUCAACCAAAGAAUUGACACCAUUUAUUAACCAGUUUUUCAGCCACCAAUUGGUAGAAACCAUUGAAAGGUAUUCGACAAGUGAUACAGAUGAAAUUAACAUCACGUUGUUGAAUUUGCUUUCAGCAAUCCCAUUUUUCUUCAAGAGUGAUUUGGGAUUGAAGUAUUUAUCACCUACAUUCAAUUUUCUUUUUUCCAUCAUUCUAAAUCCUGGAAAGAGAAGGUUAUCGCUAAUUGGUUCCAAGACAGUCCUCAAAAUUUGUCAAGACUCAAAAGAGAAGCUUGUGGAAUUUUUGCCUACUUUGGAAUUGAUCUUGCUCGAAAUGAUAAAGAAUGUUGAAAUCGACUUUGUGAUUAGAGAGAGAAUGGUGAAUUCGUUUAUUUCGAUUACUCAAUCAUUGAAAGACCCAGUUAGAAUGGGAGAAAACAUUUUUAAGAUCUUGAAUCAAAUCAAUUUACAAGCAGAUAUAAUCAACGAAAAGAUAGAAGAAUAUGCUGUGAGCUUACUAUCUUGUAUCAAUGAAAUCGGAAAAGCAAGUCAAUUGCCAGAAGAUGUGGAGGAUUACUAUACAGCGGCACAGUCUGCUCAAACAGACGAAUAUUGGACACAGGAUCCUCUUGGAAUUAAAACUUCCAUUUUAAACGUAACUGCUCUCCUAUCUUUGAAGUAUGAACCAUUAGCUCAGCAUACAAUUGCAACCGAAAAGAGUUGCAAGAUUCUAAAGAAUGGACUAAACGAACCAAUAAAUGGUCCUUUUAGGUUUGAAUUGCCAGUGAUAUUCAAUUACUUGAUUGCCAAAAUCAAUAAGUGCAAUUUGCCAUCAAUAGCGUUCAUUUUCAAUUUAAUUGAGACAAUAGUGAUUUCCAAUGGAGCAAAACUCACGGCUCAGAAUAUGGAUGAGUUGAUUGAGAAGUUCUUUGUCGAGAAGAAGCAGCUAUUUGAAAGUGAAGUUGAUUUGAUUACGACUGCAAUCAGUAUGUUUUCUACCAUCUUGGAAAGGUUUCCUUCUUUGCUAGUGGGAUUGCCAGUGUUUCAAUCGGAGAUCCUUGACUUUGCACUUCGAGGAUUAAAAUCACACGAGUCGUUUUUGAUUCGAGCAACGGCGAAGUUCUGGACCAAUUUGAUUGUCUUAAAACGAGGAAAAGCCAACGACCAAGAAAUAGUGCAAAAUAUUAUGAUUCAUAAACUUUCAUUGGGGUCAGAAAAAUCAUUGGGAUAUACUUUGGUAGACAAUGCCAUUGUUUCAUUCAUAGAUAACCCCAGGUCUCACUUAGAAUAUUUCUACCAGUUAUUCAGAAACCUCAUAGGAAAAUACCCAUUGCAUUUCAAGAAUUGGUUAAGACUGAUUCUCAUAGAAGUGUUUAAGUUCCGAAGCAGGUUUACGAUCCAAUAUGUGGACCAAUUGGUUAGUAAGUUGAUGUUGACUAGAGGACAUAGGCAAGCUAAUGAUGUAUUGAAGGAAUUCUGGUUAGAGUGCAACAACUUAGUUGAUUACAAAACUGUAUAA